UAGGCCUUUUUGGUCACAACCCCUGCUCCUGGUCAUAAUGGCAGCGCUGGCUCUGGUCCUGGUGUUCUGGGACUGGGGCCUGAGCCCCGGGGCAGCCCUGGACGCCAUGGGACCUCACGCUGCCAUCCGCCUGGCCGAGCUGCUCACUCCUGAGGAGUGCGGCCAUUUCCGCUCGCUGCUGGAGGCGCCCGAGCCCGACGUCGAGGCCGAGCUGGCCCGGCUUUCAGAAGACAGGCUGGCGCGGCCCAGGCCCGUGAAGCCCACGGUGAGGUCUCCGGCCCGGCCGCGGCGGCGGCGGCGGGAGGCCCCGGGGGACCGGGAGGAGGUGUCCGACGGCUGCCGGGAGGCGCUGGCGGUGUGGCUGGCUGCCGAGGCCCCGUCCCUGUCGUGGGACCGCGUGGCCCGCGCCCUGCGGCGCUGCGGCCGCCCGGACGUGGCCAGGGAACUGGGCAAAAACCUGCACCAGCAGGCAACGCUGCAGCUGCGCAAGUUCGGGCAGGGCUUCCUGGGGCCGCCGCCUCCGGGCCCCGCCGCGCCCUCGGCCCCCGAGCCGGCCCUGCGCUCCCGGCGCUCCUCGGAGCCCGACUGGGACGAGCUGGAGCUGAUCCUGGAGCGCCUGCCGCAGCCCCCGUACGAGCGGAGCCCCGUGGGCUGGGUCUCGCCGCUGGCGCUCGGCCUGCUCGGCGGCUUCGCGGGGGCGCUGGGCGCGGCGGCUCUGGUGCUCCUGCUCACGCUGUGGGUGACGGGCGGCGACGACGACCACCCCGGGUGGCCCCGCAGCCCCGGCCCGCUCGACGCUUCCAGGCGCAGGUCCGCCAAGGCGCGCGGCUCGUGCGAAACUCAGCCGCUGCUGCUGGUGUCGCUGGCGGGGCGGGCCCGCUCGGCUUGGGCUACGCGGCGACCUGAUGCCCCGGCUCCCCCAUGCCCUUGGCCGUGAGCGGGCACCUCGGACCUCGGGCUCUGAUAAAGGUCAUGAAACACCGCCCGGAGGGAGCAGUUGAUUUGUCCGUUCACGGGAAACGCGCGCACCAUGGCCUGCGCAAGAGGCGGCUCUGGUGUGAGUUCCAGCAUGGGGGCCUGCCCUCCGGAGCACCGCAGGUGCAGCCAGCCCUUGAGUGUGAACUGUGUGCCCCGCCCUAGUGCUGAGGAAUCCUGGACUGCCCUCUCAGAAC